AACAACAGUGACACACUCGGGAGCUCCAGUCUUCUCCGCCGUGCAAAUGGAUGUUUUCUGAGAGGCGGACACAGCACAGCCCCGCGGUAUCACCUCCACGUUUCAGCCCCAUGAAGGAGCUCCGUCCCGGCUGAGUUUGGGAGAUGGGGGUACUCAACAUCGCAGACCAGCCUCCUCUGGUCCAGGCCAUCUUCAACCGCAACGCUGAAGAAGUCCAACACUUAUUGCACAAGGAGGAUGUCAAUGCACUGGACCACGAGCGCCGCACGCCGCUUCAUGCUGCUGCCUGCAUGGGGGACGUGCACAUCAUGGACCUGCUCCUGGAGUCGGGUGCCAAUGUGAACGCGAAAGACCACAUAUGGUUGACCCCUUUGCACAGGGCCGCCGCCUGCAGGAAUGAAAGGGCCGUGGGUCUGCUGCUGAGGCGCGGCGCCGAGGCCAACGCCCGCGACAAGUUCUGGCAGACGGCGCUCCACGUGGCCGCCGCCAACCGGGCCACCCGCUGCGCCGAGGCCCUGCUGAGCCAGCUGAGCAACCUGAACAUGGGGGACCGCACCGGGCGCACCGCCCUGCACCACGCCACUCAGAGCGGCUUCCAGGAGGUAGGGUGCUCGCUUCCCACGGGGCUGGAACGUACUUCCCCCGCACUAACUCCGCCUCUUUGCCAGAUGGUGAAGCUGCUGCUGAACAAAGGCGCCAACCUGAGUGCCAUCGAUAAGAAGGAGAGACAGCCGGUCCACGCCGCCGCCUACUUGGGUCAUGCGGAGGUUGUGAAGCUGCUGGUGUCGCGCGGCGCAGACCGGAGCUGUAAGGACAAGCAGGGCUACACGCCUCUCCACGCCGCUGCCGCCAGCGGCCACAUCGAAAUCGUGAAGUACCUGCUGAGGAUGGGGGCGGAGAUUGACGAGCCCAACGGUUUCGGGAACACGGCGCUCCACGUGUCGUGCUACAUGGGGCAGGAGGCGGUGGCCACCGAGCUGGUCAACCACGGAGCCAACGUCAACCAGCCCAACAAGUGCGGCUACACGCCUCUGCACCUGGCCGCCGUCUCCACCAACGGCGCCCUCUGUCUGGAGUUGCUGGUCAACAACGGGGCAGACGUCAACCAGCAGAGCAAAGAAGGGAAGAGCCCUCUGCACAUGGCAGCCAUUCAUGGACGCUUCACACGCUCGCAGAUCCUCAUCCAGAACGGUGGCGAGAUCGACAGUGUGGAUCGAUAUGGCAAUACUCCUCUCCAUGUCGCUGCUAAGUACGGCCAUGAACUGCUCAUCAGCACUUUGAUGACCAACGGCGCCGACACGGCCAGACGCGGGAUCCACGGAAUGUUCCCCUUGCACCUCGCCGUGCUCUACGGGUUUUCAGACUGUUGUCGCAAGUUACUCUCCUCAGGUCAGCUGUACAGCAUCGUCUCCUCCAUGAGCAAGGAGCACGUGCUGUCGGCGGGGUUCGACAUCAACACCCCGGACAACUUUGGGAGGACCUGUCUGCACGCUGCUGCCUCCGGAGGAAAUGUUGAAUGUCUGAACUUGCUCCUAAGCAGCGGUACGGACCUGAACAGGAGGGACCUAAUGGGAAGAACCCCAUUGCACUACGCGGCUGCUAACGGAAGGUACCAGUGCACUGUGACGCUGGUGAGCGCCGGCGCCGAGAUCAACGAGCCCGACCAGACGGGCUGCACCCCCCUGCACUACUGUGCAGCUUCACAAGCCUUCGGCAGAAUCGAUGGACACUUUCCUGGGAGUCAUCAACACGAUGAAGAGGAUGUGAAAGAGUCCUACUUCUGCCUGGAGCAUCUUCUUGACAAUGGCGCAGACCCCUCCAUGGUCAACGCCAAGGGUUUCAGCGCUGUUCACUAUGCAGCUUAUUAUGGCAACACACAGAACCUGGAGCUGCUGCUGGAGAUGUCCUUCAAUGCACUAGGAGACAUAGAGAGCAGUAUUCCCAUCAGUCCCCUGCAUCUCGCUGCCGAGCGGGGUCACUGGCAGGCGCUGCGCGUGCUGACAGAAACCGCCGCCUACGUGGAUAUGCAAGAUGCCGCCGGGCGCUCUGUGCUGUACGUGGCCGCCCAGAAGGGCCACGCCCGCUGUGUAGAGGUGCUCCUCUCCCAGGGGGCCUCGUGUCUCAUCAACGACAACAGCUUCAUCUGGACCCCAAUUCAUGUUGCAGCUGCUCACGGUCACUCCGACUGCCUGCGCAAGAUGAUCGAAUGCGGCGAGGAGGGCGACCUCGCCAACGUCGUGGACAAGUUCGGCCAGACCCCGCUGAUGCUCGCCGUUCUCGGGGGCCACACAGACUGUGUCUGCUUCCUGUUGGCGAAGGAGGCCUUGCCCGACGCCAAGGACAAGAGAGGCAGCACGGCGUUGCACAGAGGGGCGUUGUUGGGCUACGACGACUGCGUGACGGCCCUGCUGGAGCACAAAGCGUCCGCACUGUGUCGCGACAUCCUGGGUCGGGCGCCGCUGCACUACGCCGCCUCCAGGGGGCACGCCAAGGUUCUGAUCAGUCUGGUGCAGGCCGCCGCGGCGACGGAGCCACAGGACAAACUGCUGGACAACAAACAAUUCACCCCGCUACACUGGGCUGCUUACAAAGGGCAUGAAGACUGUUUGGAGGUUUUACUUGAAUUUAAAACAUUUAUUCACGAAGAGGGAAACCCUUUCACCCCCCUGCACUGUGCUCUGAUGAAUGGCCACAGCGGUGCUGCCGAGCGGCUUCUUGAAUGUGCCGAACUCCACAUGAUGAACACCAGAGAUGCCAAAGGAAGGACCCCGCUGCAUGCCGCUGCGUUUGCCGAGGACGUCGCGGGGCUCCAGCUGGUGCUUCGCCACGGGCCGGAGAUCAAUGCGGUUGACAACAGUGGCCGGUCGGCUCUUAUGGUGGCUGCCGAUAAGGGGCACAGCGGCACCGUGGCCAUCCUCCUUCACCGGGCGAAAGCUGACCUCACACUGCUGGAUGAGAAUAAGAACACUGCCCUGCACCUGGCCUGCAACAAGGCUCAUGAGAUGUGCGCUCUGCUGAUUCUGGGAGAGAUCCACAGUCCCACCCUCGUUAACACGACCAACAGUGCUCUGCAAAUGCCCCUCCAUCUUGCAGCUCGUAACGGCCUGGCCACAGUGGUGCAGGCGCUGCUGAGCAGAGGAGCUACUGUGCUGGCUGUGGACGAGGAAGGCCACACCCCAGCUCUGGCCUGCGCCCCCAACAAGGACGUGGCCGACUGCCUGGCUCUGAUCCUCUCCACCAUGAAGCCUUUCCCCCAACUGGACCCUUCCUCCUGCUCCUGCUCACCCCCCGGCGUCUCCCCCUCGCCGGGCCUCAACCUGCUCAAGCACUGCGGCAUCACGGCCACCUGCGCCCCGCUGCCCAGCAACGGCCUCCACAACGGCUACGUCAAAGACCGCCACGGCGCUCCCGUCGCCCUGGACGGCUGCCUGUCCGAGUGAGGACGACAUCUACCACCCUUUAACGUGGCCCGGAGGACCAGGAGAGCACCCGCCCACAUAUCUAUUCUGUGUAUGUAUGUAAGUGUGUGUCAGUGUGUGUGUGGGAGCGCGUUUGGUCUUCUCUUGAGGUGCAGUCAAACCUAAUAUGCAAUUAGACCCCCCCAUUCCUCCAUACCCAGAGUAGUCCUUCGAGGCCGGUUGCUCUACAAGGCCACGCCGCUCAAGUGUGACGACCAAACGAAACACGUCAUUGGAACCCUUUAAAAGAAAGACGUCACAUCGCUUCGCUGACCUUGUAGAGGAACUCGCGGCCUUCCCAAAAAAAGACCGAUCAAAGAGAAAAAAAAAAAAUGUGUUUUUGUUCUUUCUUUUUUAUUUUAUUUUACUUGUACGUUAGCCUAUUUUUUGUUUUGUUUUAUGAAGGAACCACACAAGGGAAAAUUAGCUGAAGAGUGCAAUGAUUAUGUACUACAGUACAAUCCCAAAAGGGUUACAAAGAUUCCCCGGCGUACUUUAAAAAAAACAAAAAAAACGUACGUACUCGAUAUACGUACUCGACAUUUAGUUUCGCGGCGUCGGAAGAGAAUUAGGCGAGCGCGUGGGGGAAAGCGGCGCCACGUCGGCUGACGUCCAAAAGGCGCCACGUGUUUGUUACGCUCGAAUGUUUCUAAGCAUAUGUUAUGACCAAAGUUGAUCAACACUACUAUGGCUAUAAAAAUUAUUUAUUUGAGAUGAACUGUACUGUACAGAGAAAAGACAAUAGAUCUCGAUAUACCUCGUCAACUCGUUUCGCAGCUGCUUCAUCUUCGCCCAGGGGUCCGCAGGCCUGACGUUCUCUCCUUUUUUUGUAAGUCGUGGAGAACGCCUUAGGAUAAUAGUGAAGUGAGCGAGGCCUUUGUUUCCUAGAUGAAGGCUUUCCGAGUAAUAUCUGCCAACAAACACCUCAUCAGAGCGUCAUAUAUCUGAGCACAUAAAACGAACAAGCCAUUUCAAUCGCAUCUCUCGAACAGUGUUUGUGCAAAGAUUUCACAAGCGGCGCUCCUUUAGGCCUCUUUUCUUUGUCGUCGCGUCCGUCAUUGUUGAAGGAUGACUUCUUGAACUCGUCUUAAUAGCUUCUAAUCUUCUCGGUAAUCUGCCUAUUCGUUUUUUUUCCUCCAUUGUUACUAUGAUUUGGCGGUUUCCAAGCAAUAUUGUUUUUGUUUUUUGGCCUUUUUUUUUUGUUUUUAAUUGAAUAGACAAUCACUGUCACAAGGGCUUUUUGUUUCCCUGGAAUGUGUUUUGAUUUCUUCUUUUUCGUCUUUACCGUCAGUGAAAGAUGACCUAAAGACCGAAGACGAAUGGCUCCGUGUGUUCUGGGCAUUUUUAAACCGUCGGUGUCAACACAAAUGCACUGGAUUGCCUUUUGACGGCGUCUCAUCAAAUGCCUUUUUCGACCCAUGCCUUCCGUCAUUUCAGUUCAAAAGUAUUACGACAGCAUGCCACGCUCGGGAAUAUAUAUAUAUAUAUAUCCCAGAAUUCCCCACCGGGCGUCGACGGGAGAGUAAGCUUUCGGCCGACGUCGGAUUAAAUAUGCUUAUUUAUCGCUAGCUUUCUCGGAAUGUUCCGCACUCCUGCUGUAGGAUUUAGCAGGGUAACGCCGCCUGGAGGAGUUGCGUCGAUGUAGCGGGCGCGACGUUCUCAAGCCUCGUCGAGACUAAACAGCGCCUCUGCUGGCCGCAGACAAGUACUGCACCCUAUCGAGACGACAUUCUGAAAUGACCGGGGGUGCCCAAACCGGAAAAAUGGAAGUUUUUCUAUGGUUUUUGCCAGUUUUUUUUGUUUACUAAAAUAUUGCAUGAAAAAGAUGAGGUUUGUGUCAUGGGUGACAAAGCAAAAUCAUCAAGAUUUUGGGCACCCCUGGAUUAUUAGUCUUGAUUAAUCACGCUGCCCAUCCUUUGGUGUGGAGGUCAGGAAUAGCAGAAGUCCAAAUAUGUGCUAAGUAAUUUAUUGUCUCUUCAUCCCAUUUCUGCUACUAAAGAUUGUAGAUUGCGUCGGACCACUAGCGUCUUUUUGUUUUGUUUUGUUUCGAUGACAAUUUGUCGUCGCGUUUGAGCGCGAUAACUUCACAACUGCCGCCAGUGAAGUCGCACAAUUGCACACGACCGGAUGGGAGAUGUUCGAUUCCCGACCCCACGGACCCCCCCCCCCCGCUCCCUUUUUUGACUCACUACUCUGCUCAAACCGAAAAAACGCAUUAUUUGUGAUCUCAGGAUCUAUUGCUUGGAGCGGGCGAGCAUCAUUUCAAGGAACCAAUCAGAUCUCAGCAGGAGAAUUUAAUUUGAGUUAGGGGGGGGGAAGAAAAAAAAAACCUGAUUCCUGCAGCACUUAUCUAAAUAGUCAAGCACGCACUUUAGUACAUUCAGGUUCUAAGUGUGCAACAAGGAGCAGAUAAGGUAUGUACUUAUGUUUACAUGCACGUGUGUCGCUGCUGAAUUUACAGGAAGGUCGGCCAGCGUUGGCGUGGUCGCCGCCACUUUUAGCAAAAGGCCUCUCCGACCACUCGGGGGGCGCCGUUCACUGCCCACUGGCUUUUCGUCGUCUUUAUUUUUAUUUUAUUUCCUUUCUUGUGUGUUUUGCAGCCCGAAUCGACACACACCUCAGGCAGGCUCCUUAGAAACACUCCACACACACUCUCUCUCAGCCAUUUGUAGGUGCUCGUCUGUUCUGGCAGGGAUGAUUUUUUCGUUUUUGUUUUUUUUUCCUCUAAUGAUGUCCAAAUGUGACCAGUAAAUGGAGCCAUUGCCUCCCUGCAACUAUACAAUCUUUUAGUUAGGGGCACAGUGUUCUUUUUCAUGCUGUGUAUGUGUAUGUUUGUGUGUGUGUGUGUGUGUGUG